GGAAGAGGAGGAGGAAGAAGAGGGGACAGAGUCUCCCACCAAUCAGACAGUAGCAAGGACCAGCUUCACAGAGUCUCUCCCAGGGACGUGUCAAACGUCUAACGGACAAAUAAGCUGCAGGGGUAAUGGCAUGAAUCACCUCCCAAUCAUCACCGACCUUGGGGUCACGACCCUGGACCUGGCAGAGAACAACAUCAGUCUUAUUGCCUCGCGGGGUUUCUCUGGUCUUCCCAACCUGGAGAGUAUAGAUCUGAGCAAAAACCGACUGGAUGACGACUCACUCAGCCACCACCUCUUCUCUAAUCUGACCCGGCUGAGGAGGCUCAACCUCGAUGACAACCAGCUGACACGGAUCCCCCUGCUGCCACCUUCACUGGGGGAGCUCACGAUGAAUGGCAACAAGAUCACCAGACUCAGCCCUUACAGCUUCAAAGGUCUGUUCCAUCUGUUGUCUCUGGAGCUAGAGGAUAACCUUUUCCAUGACGGCAACGUGUCCCCUUUGACCUUCAAGCCGCUGAAGAGGGUCCAGUACCUGUGCAUGAACAUGAACAGGUUUCGCUCCCUCCCCCUCGGCCUGCCCCGCUCCCUACAGGAGCUGAGGAUGCGUGAUAACCAGUUACAGGAGGUACCAGAGGGUGUUCUGAGUGAAUUGGCCAAACUGAGAGUUUUAGACCUUAGUCACAACCUGCUGCAUGAGGGCACCAUCUCAAACCGGGCCUGGGUCAAACUAACUUCUCUUGAAGCCUUGGACCUCUCUCAUAACAGCCUCACUUCAGUCCCCCUCUACCUACCCCGCCCUCUGCGUCAGCUGACCCUGCAACACAACUCCAUUGGUCGAAUCCCUGCGUAUGUCUUUGGCCACCUGCGCCCCGGCCUAGAGUCCCUCCGUCUAUCCCACAAUGCACUAGGGGACGAAGGAGUGCAAGGAGUUUCUUUUGUGGGCAUGUACCGAUCGCUUGUUGAGCUCCUAUUGGACAAUAACCGUCUGGGGGCGGUGCCUCGCAGCGUGUGGCAGUUUAGGAACCUGCAGGUGCUGAGGCUCGACUACAACCAAAUCAGGUCUGUGGCGGUGGGGUCGGUGUGUCACUCUCGUGUGGCGGUGCGUUCAGCCCUGGCCUCUCUCCACCUGGAGAACAACCUUAUAGAAGAAGACAUCCCCUCCACUACCUUCAACUGUAUUCAAGACCCUAGUAGUGUGGUCACACAGCCCCAGGAACACAUACACGAAGUGUAGACCAGCUUCUCCAUGUAUAGAUGUUCCACUGAACCAUCAUUAAACCUCCCUAUUUUCCCACCUCCCUUUCUUCACUAAUCACCUAUGUCAUCUCGUCAUGUAUGUAAACUCAUGUUUGUGAUGUCACAGUCGAUGAUAAUGAUGAUGAUAAAGAUACUAAUUUGUACCAGUA